AUGCACACAUCAUGUCUUGUGGUGGUGUGUCUGAUACAACUGCAGAGUGUCCAUUUGUGUUUGUGCUUCUGUUACGCAAGUCUGCAUACUCUCCCUACUCCUGGCGAAAAUCAAUCCUUGUUCCCUCCCCAUGGAGCAUGGAACAUAUACAUCAGCAAUUCAUGUUCACUCCUUAAAUGGUCAUUCAGAGAAGCAUGUAGCCUGCUGCAAAAUAUAGUAAAUCCUAUCUUGUUAGCGUGGCUGCGGGUGGAGACGGAGGCUAGGCGCGGCUCCCCCGGAAGAAGACCUUCUGCCACAAUGCCAUCACCGUGCACGGGCACCAGCAUCCUCACGGCGGCACCCAGCCUCGACGAACCCUCUUGCUCUUCCUUCCGCCAUCAUGGUGGUGGUGUCCGUGGAGGGCAUCGGGUUGCGGGCAGCUUAUAUUGCAUACCUCAAUGA